GACGUAUAAUCAUUGCACUGAGAAAUAGAUUUGCUGCAUUGCACCGCCAUUUGUGCCAAGGGACUGCCAAAGGGGUCCCGAAUGACUGCCAUAGCCUGCCAAGCGACUGCCGACUGCCAAAACGUUGCCAAAGGACUGCCAAAGGACCGCCGAAUGAUUGCCGAAGGACUGCCAAAGAACCAACAGACUUUGACUGAUUGCCAAACGAAUGCCAAACGAGUGCCAAAAUGCUUGGAAGCCAAAGGACAGCCGUUUGAUUGCCAAAUGACUGCCGAAAAGCUGCCAAAGGACUGCCAAACUUGCCAAAGGACUGCCAAAGACUGCUAAAGACUGCCAAAGAAUUGCCAACUGACCGCGUUUUUCUCUUUGCACGGAGGCAAGAGAAUGUGAGAUCUCGAAACGCGUGG